AUGCAGCCUGCUGUGGUUGGGCAGGUACUCCACGAAGUUUCCAUCAACACGCCCGUUCCCGAUGUCGAAGGUGACCUCGUUGUCUUGGAUCACUUUGGGGCUGUCGCUUGGGGUGCUUGCCAUCUGCGUUGUAUGGAACUACAGCCCAAGGUUGUAAAGGAAAUGUCGCGAAUGGAUACGCCAUGGGGGCUUGCUGGGUGGUACCCUCCAGGCUCGUCGGUGGUUUGCCUGGAAGGCAAUGGCAGUAGUAUGGUCGAAUCUCAAUUCUGUCCUGUACGGCCCACGUAG